AUGGCUUCUCACAAUGUCCCAGCGUCCGGGGGACUGGGUCUCCUCGAUGUGAACCGCCGCAGGCCUGCAACUCAAGAGGGGGAUCAAUCAACAUCUCAUCACAUGCUCGAGGAUGGAGGCCGCUUCUCAUCAAACUCCAUCUUCAAACAGCCGUCGCCGCUCAGCGUCCCAGCUCGAGGCCAACCAAACGGGCCUUCUACCCCAAGAAUAAUACCUCAAGAAGCGGAAGACUACUUGACGGCAAGACCAAUUGCCUUGUUGCAGCGCACGAAGAGCGAUCUUGGGCCCCGGCGCAAAGAGACACUUCCAAAGAUCCCCACAGAAGAUAAACUGGCGCACAUUCGGCAUGGCUGGGAUGAUGAGUACACGUCGAACGAAUACCUGUCGUUGUUACAUUCGACCUUUUACAUGUAUUACACGGAAAAGCGGCAUGAAAGCAACGGGUCGUUGUCGGAGGAAUCCAAGCAGUUCCCCAGUGUGGAUUGGCGCAUGAAAGAUCGUAUGAAGACCGUUUCCGCUGCAUUAGCCAUCUGUCUCAACAUCGGCGUGGAUCCUCCUGAUGUGAUCAAGACAAACCCCACUGCGAAGCUCGAAGCCUGGGUCGACCCAACGGGAAGUAGUGGUGGUACGACCAAGACGAUGGAGCAAAUUGGGAAACGCCUGCAGGAGCAAUACGAAUCGCUGAGUCUGCGGACAAGAUACAAGCAAUACCUCGAUCCCUCAAUUGACGAGACAAAACGCUUUUGCAUUUCAUUGCGUCGGAAUGCGAAGGACGAGAGGGUUCUUUUUCACUACAACGGUCACGGCGUGCCGCUGCCCACCCCCUCGGGAGAGAUCUGGGUCUUCAACAAAAACUACACUCAGUACAUACCUGUGGGCCUUUACGAUCUGCAGGCCUGGUUAGGAGGGCCAAGUCUGUUUGUCUACGACGUGUCUCAUGCCGGAAACAUUGUCUACAACUUUGACACAUUUCUGGCGAAGCAUGAAAAGGAAAAUGAGGAGCUCAAGAAACGAGAUCCCAAUGCACCUAUUCAAAACUAUGGGGAUUGCAUCCAGUUGGCGGCUUGUGGGAGGACCGAAAUGUUGCCCACAAACCCAGAACUGCCUGCCGAUCUUUUCACGUGUUGCUUGACGACACCGAUAGAUAUCGCACUGAGAUACUUUGUGUUACAGAAUCCACUUCCCAAUGGUCCUACGAUCGAAGAUGGCAAAAUACCCGUGCCCGGACGGCUGCAGGACCGACGGAGUCCUCUUGGGGAGCUCAACUGGAUUUUUACAGCUAUAACGGACACGAUUGCUUGGAACAUUUUACCACGACAUUUGUUUAAGAAGCUUUUCCGUCAAGAUCUUAUGGUCGCAGCAUUGUUCCGCAAUUUCUUACUGAGCGAGCGAAUCAUGAGGGCUAACCAUUGUCAUCCAAUCUCGUCGCCAGCGCUGCCCGAAACACAUCGACAUCCUCUGUGGCAGAGUUGGGACUUGGCCAUGGAGAUGGUGUUGGCGCAGCUCCCUAUGCUCCGUGAAGCCGAAGAAGGGAAACGAGUCUAUGAAUACCAACACUCGACCUUCUUUUCGGAGCAGCUUACAGCCUUCGAGGUCUAUCUCAGCUCUGGACCCACCAAAGAUCGAGCCCCGGACCAGUUGCCGAUCGUUCUGCAAGUCCUUCUUAGUCAAGUGCAUCGCCUACGUGCCCUGAUUCUACUCAGCAAAUUCUUGGACCUCGGACCGUGGGCAGUUCAUCUAGCUUUGAGCAUUGGAAUCUUCCCUUAUGUAGUGAAGCUUCUCCAAGCAGCCUCGCUAGAGCUCAAGCCGGUAAUGGUCUUCAUCUGGGCUCGAAUCAUGGCGGUCGACUACACGGUACAGAACGAUUUGCUCAAGGACAACGGCAUUCACUAUUUUAUUUCCAUCAUGAACCCUCGUUCAGACAUUCCUGUGGGCAAUGCCAGCGAGCAUCGAGCCAUGUGUGCCUUCAUAGUUGCCACGUUCUGCAAGAGAUAUCCUCCAGGCCAGACAGUCUGCUUGUUGCCCGAGCUUUUCAAUGCCUGCCUGCUCAACAUGGCAGAGCCUGAAAAUCCCUUGCUGCGGCAAUGGUCCUGUUUGUGUCUCAGCAUGUUGUGGUGCGAGUAUGCCGAUGCCAAAUGGAUGGGUAUUCGUUGCAUGGCUCAUGCCAGACUCUGUGAAUUGUCACUUGAUCCCGUCCCAGAAGUUCGAGCGGCCAUGCUCCAUGCUCUGACCAACUUUCUCGGCAUUCCAGACCUGACCGAUCAGGUCUCCCAGAUUGAAGAAGGAAUCGCCUCUUCUGUCCUCUUUAUGACAACCGAUGGCAGCACGUUGGUGAGGAAAGAACUGGUUGUCUUCCUGUCUCAUUUUGUGAAGCGCUACGAGAACAAGUUUAUCGUGGUUGCUUACGAGCAGCUCGUGGAAGAAAGGGAUAGACACCCGUACAAGCAGUCCCAGUCGACUAGUGGCGAAGCUGGUGACUCUCUCAAGUGGAUGCCAGUGUCUGCAAACACGAUUUAUGGCUCGAUUUGGGUUCAAAUCUUGAUGCUGUCGGUCGAUCCGCACCCCGAAAUUGCCCGGAAUGCUUCAAGCAUUGUCGACCAUGUGCACGAGACAUUAAUCAACUCGCCCAUGAGUCAGAUGGCUAUGGCAGUCAUCGAUGACCUGCUGCGGUUCUCGAAACGGGAAGAGUCCCAGCUUCAGAAAGUCCCGUCCCGCGAUUCACUCAGGACAGUCGAAAAACAACCCGGCACUCCGCCUCCCACAUUGGCGAAACAGCAGAGCUAUUUGUCCCUGAGUCUGAAGAGGGCUGGCAGCUCCCUGCGCAACCUCGCAUUUGGGACGGGUUCUCCUAGUCCUUCGACCUCUUCCAAUCAAAACAGUCCUCAGACAUCACCCACGAAAACAAGAGAACUUGUGCAACCAGUCAAUACUCCUCGAAGUCGUCUCCCACCUGAAUGGAGCCGCCCACCAGAAACUUCCGAUGCGAGAAGCACCCCAGGAUCGUAUCACUCUGCCGUUCUGCCUACUUCCGCAGGCUUCGUUCCUCCCGAACCGAAAACGCGAGCGAUUUUCCCUCUCCCAAGCACUUUGCUAGAUUGGUCAACCGAAUAUUUCCGCGAACCACAGAUGAGACCCAAUGACCCAGAUGAGCCGGGAUCAGCGGACUACAACUCAAGACUCUGGCGGCGGAACCGCAACGAAAAGAUCAUUGCUGACAAUCAGCCAUUGAAGGCCGUGGCGGGAAGCUCCAAAUGGACCCGCUACGAAGGGUUUCUCAACAACCAGAGCCAGCCAAUGAAGCUGACGUUCCAUCAGUUCGAUAGCCACCUUGCCGUGACCGAUGACAAGGACACCGUCACCAUAUGGGAUUUCCAGAACAAUGAGCAACUGAGUCGGUUCAGCAAUGGAAAUCCUACUGGAAGCAGGAUCAACGAUGCAAAAUUCUUAAACGAGGACGAUCAGCCCCUGUUGAUGGUGGGUAGUUCCGACGGUGUUCUCAAAGUGUAUCGAAACUAUCAGAGUUCAGCAGACGUCAAGGUGAUUACUGCGUUCAGGGCCUUGACGGAGCUGAUCCCCAGCAACAAGAAUGCCGGAUUGGUCUUUGACUGGCAACAGGGCCAAGGCAAGGCUCUCGUGGCUGGGGACGUCAAGGUUAUCAAAGUGUGGAAUGCCGCGACAGAGCUUUGUGUUGGCGACAUUCCAGCACGCAGUUCUAGCUGUGUGACCAGCCUGACUAGUGAUCAGGUGGCAGGGCAGAUUUUCAUUGCGGGUUUCGGAGAUGGUGUAAUCCGCGUAUUUGACCAGCGACUCAACCCUCGGACUGCCAUGGUCAAACUCUGGCGCGAACACAGACAGUGGAUAACGAACAUUCACAUGCAACGUGGUGGCGUCCGUGAACUCAUUUCUGGGAGCAGGAACGGUGAGGUGAAGUUGUGGGAUCUGCGGAAUGACAAGGCUGUAUUGACGAUGAACGCUACAUCGUCGACACCUUCACCAUUGAAGCCCGAAUAUGGCAAAGAUGGCACGAGUAACAUUGGAAGUACCAGCUCCACGACAUCCCUGGCGGGAGGCCCAAUGACCCUGCUCCGCAGCCUCUCGGUACACGAACAUGCUCCGGUCUUCGCGGUGGGCACCGACAAACAUGAAGUUAAGUCGUUCAAUACAAAUGGCGAUACACUGGGUACUUUUGAGCCCUCCAGCAGUCGGAUGGCGCAUGUUGUCGGCGGCAGUCUGGCGGUGAGGGUGCAUCAGGCUCCGAUAGUAGCAACAGCGUACCAUCCACACCGCAUGUUACUGGCAUGCGCAGCGCUGGGAGAUGGACACUGUGUCUUGGUCGGUGGAAAGGCCGAUGUAGCGGGUUAUGAGGACAUUGUCUCUUUCCGCCGCGACGGCAUCCAGGCCUUUCUCAGUUAA